AUGGCGCAGAACAACCUGAUUGAUGGCACCUUGGCGCGCCUCACUAAGCAGAACCACGCUUCCAUGAAGGUUUUGCUUCGCUACGUCUAUUGUGAAAUCAAGCAAAUGCCCAAUGCCACAGGAGGUUCCUGGUGCAAAAUGAUUCUGCGCUUCGUGGACAGAGACGGCACGGGUCUGUACGCGGAGCUUCGCGCGUCGGACGCCAAUGCUCUGAAGAAGGUGGCUGAUCCCUGGAGCAAGGAUGUCUUCUAUGCCACGCACCUCGAGCCGGUCAGUAACAAAUUCUUCGCUGGGCUCUAUGUGGAUUUGUCAGACAGAGCAUCGAGGGCCACAGUGAUUCCGGUUGCUUCUUCCCACCCGUCGGCGAUGGAGAUGAAGACCCUCUUCCCCGUUGCAAGGUCGGACUUCUCGGUGUUGGCGACACAGUGCCAACACCGAGAGCGUGUGGAUGUCAUUGGACUGGUCACGGAGCUCGAGAUGCCGAGUACGAUCAAGCUCAAAGCCAAUCUCUGGUUGAAGGACGCAUCGGGCAAGGAGAUGCUGGUGAACAUCUGGGGCGUCCGCUUCGUAAAGAGUUUGGUUGACGCGCACGAAGGUAGCGUCGUUCGGAUCGACAACCUUUCCCUGCUGAAGAAGGAGAACAAUUCCAUCGAAGGCACCGCGGAACAUUUCGUCGACAACGACAAGCACGGCUUUAGUAUGCUGCACGUGGACCCCAAAGGCGAUCGGGCACAGGAGCUUCGGAAUCUGGGCACGUCACAAGCCGAUCGCAUCUCCGUUCCUUGGUGCCCUUCCUUGAGUGGUGGCGGCAGGCUGAUCUCCGACUUGGAGCCUUGCUACGUCGCAUGCGCCGCAACUAUGAAUGCAUUCGGCAGCGCAAAGGAGCAGGGAGCAACGCAGGACUGCUUUCGUGUGUUUCUGAUGUGUAGAAGCUUCUUUCCUGAGAAAGUGCCCACCGUGGAGGAGGGGUACAAGGACGAGGAGAAGCACCUGGUGAGGAAGCACGAAGAGGCGUUGCAAAGCAACAAACGAUCUGGCAGCAGCCUCGUACAGGAGACGCCAUCGAAAGUGAAGUGCAGCGCUUGGGACAUGAACUGA